AUGGAUAAAAUACCCAGAACUCACGAAGCCAUAGAGGCACAAAUACGAGAAAUACAGUCGAAGAAAAAUGAACUUCCUGAAAAUGGUUCAGGAAAAGGGGUUUCCUUAGGCGAAACUUACUAUGACAAUGAUAUUUAUGACAAUGCUGGACAAGGUGGUAAAUCGAGGUAUGAUGGGUAUGUUACUUCUAUUGCGGCUAAUGAUGAAGUGGAAGAUGAAGAUGUUGAAAAUGUACCUAUAUCACAGAAACGGCCUGGAUACACAGCACCGGCAUCUUUAUUAAAUGAUAUUGCCCAGAGUGACAAAGAUUAUGAUCCUUUUGCUGAUAAAAGAAGACCUACAAUUGCUGAUAGAGAAGAUGAAUAUCGACAAAAAAGACGUCGGAUGAUUAUAUCUCCUGAAAGAUCAGAUCCAUUUGCUGAAGGAGGUAAAACCCCAGAUGUAGGCUCCAGAACUUAUACAGAAAUUAUGAAAGAACAGUACCUUAGAGCAGAGGAAACAGAAUUAAGAAAAAAAUUAUUAGAAAGAGCUAGGGAAGGUACAUUGAAACCAGUUGCGCAAUCAAAUGGUGAAGCUGUAAAGCCUGCAGCUGCAAAACGCAAGGGUCGUUGGGACCAAAGUUCGGAAGAUACACCAUCUGUUAAGAAGCCAGUAAUAUCAGUUACACCUAGCUCUCAAGCUACACCCUCAUGGGAGAAUGAGCGAGGCGCCUGGGAAGAGACACCAGGUGCAGGCGGGCGCGGUGGCGACACGCCGGGCGCUACGCCCUCGGCGCGUGUGUGGGACGCCACGCCGGCGCACCUCACGCCCGGCCACGCUACGCCUGGCCGCGAGACGCCCGCGCACCACGCCUCGCGACGCAAUCGCUGGGAUGAGACGCCAAAAACUGACAGAGAAACACCGGGGCAUGCCAGUGGCUGGGCCGAAACACCGCGUACUGACCGCGGCGUAGGCGUCGAUACCAUCCAAGAGACGCCCACGCCGGGCACGAAGCGGCGCUCGCGCUGGGACGAGACGCCGGGCGCCACGCCCGCCGCCGCCACGCCCACGCCCUCGCACGCGACGCCCUCGCACGCUACCCCCUCGCACGCCACGCCCUCGCACGCCACACCAACGCCUCACACUCCCAUCUUUACGCCUGGUGGGUCUACACCGGUUGGCGUGAAGGCAAUGGCGAUGGCUACACCCACACCAGGUCACAUCGCCGCUAUGACGCCAGAGCAGCUGCAAGCUUACCGUUGGGAAAAAGAAAUAGACGAGCGCAACAGACCCUACACAGAUGAAGAGCUCGAUGCCAUGUUCCCACCUGGGUACAAGGUUUUGCCUCCGCCGGCCGGUUAUGUUCCGAUCCGGACCCCGGCUCGUAAGCUGACCGCAACGCCCACGCCUUUGGCGGGUACCCCAAUCGGCUUUUUCAUGCAGACGGAGGAAGUGGGGGGGUCCGCGGCGGCGGCGGCGCGCCUGCUCGACCCGCAGCCCAAGGGCGCACAGCAGCUGCCCUUUAUGAAGCCCGAGGACGCGCAGUACUUCGACAAACUGCUCAUCGACGUAGACGAGGAAUCCCUCUCGCCAGAGGAGCUUAAAGAGAGAAAAAUUAUGAAGCUGCUUUUGAAGAUUAAAAAUGGUACCCCUCCAAUGUGCAAAGCUGCCCUUCGACAAAUCACAGACAAGGCGCGUGACUUCGGCGCCGGCCCGCUGUUCAAUCAGAUUCUACCACUCCUCAUGAGUCCCACUCUCGAGGACCAAGAGCGCCACUUGCUCGUCAAAGUAAUUGACAGAAUUCUUUAUAAAUUAGAUGACUUGGUUCGUCCAUAUGUACACAAAAUUCUUGUCGUAAUAGAACCCUUACUGAUCGACGAAGAUUACUAUGCUCGAGUUGAAGGUCGUGAAAUAAUUUCUAAUCUAGCCAAAGCUGCUGGCUUGGCCACUAUGAUCUCUACGAUGAGACCCGAUAUCGAUAAUAUUGAUGAAUACGUGCGUAACACCACCGCAAGAGCGUUCGCCGUUGUCGCAUCCGCUUUGGGUAUCCCAUCACUACUACCGUUUUUGAAGGCCGUGUGUAGAUCAAAGAAAUCUUGGCAAGCCCGGCAUACUGGUAUCAAAAUUGUACAGCAAAUCGCUAUAUUGAUGGGUUGUGCUAUAUUACCACAUCUUAAAUCGCUUGUGGAAAUUAUUGAACAUGGCUUAGUAGACGAGCAACAGAAAGUGCGAACUAUAACGGCCCUAGCGAGCGCAGCGUUGGCCGAAGCCGCCACGCCGUACGGUAUCGAGUCCUUCGACUCCGUGCUGAAGCCCCUGUGGAAGGGCAUUCGCACCCAUCGCGGCAAAGGCCUGGCCGCUUUCCUUAAGGCCAUCGGCUAUCUCAUCCCGCUCAUGGACGCCGAGUAUGCGAACUACUACACGCGUGAGGUGAUGCUCAUCUUGAUAAGAGAGUUCCAGUCGCCUGAUGAGGAAAUGAAGAAGAUUGUAUUGAAGGUGGUGAAACAAUGUUGCGGAACUGAUGGUGUAGAGCCCCAAUAUAUUAUGGAUGAAAUUCUACCACACUUUUUCAAACAUUUUUGGAACCACCGAAUGGCUCUAGAUCGUCGCAAUUACAGACAGCUUGUAGACACAACUGUUGAAAUCGCUAACAAGGUUGGUGCUUCAGAAAUUAUUAACCGAAUUGUAGACGAUCUAAAGGAUGACAAUGAACAAUAUAGAAAAAUGGUGAUGGAAUCUAUCGAGAAGAUUCUAGCUAAUUUAGGCGCAGCUGACAUUGACUCAAAACUUGAAGAGGCCCUAAUUGACGGCAUACUGUAUGCAUUCCAAGAACAAACAACAGAGGACGUGGUGAUGCUGAAUGGCUUCGGCACGAUCGUGAACCAGCUUGGCAAGCGCGUGAAGCCGUACCUGCCGCAGAUCUGCGGCAUCAUCCUAUGGCGCAUGAACAACAAGUCGGCCAAGGUGCGCCAGCAGGCCGCCGACCUCAUCUCUCGCAUCGCCGUCGUCAUGAAAACCUGCCAAGAGGAAAAACUUAUGGGCCAUCUUGGUGUAGUUCUUUACGAAUAUCUUGGAGAAGAAUAUCCAGAAGUGCUCGGGUCAAUUUUAGGAGCGUUAAAAGCUAUUGUCAACGUUAUCGGUAUGACAAAGAUGACUCCACCCAUUAAAGAUCUCCUUCCCAGAUUGACACCUAUCUUGAAAAACAGACAUGAAAAAGUGCAAGAAAAUUGCAUUGAUCUAGUAGGACGUAUUGCAGACAGAGGUCCGGAAUUCGUUUCAGCGAGAGAGUGGAUGAGAAUAUGCUUUGAAUUGUUGGAGCUGCUCAAGGCACACAAGAAGGCCAUCCGACGGGCGACAGUCAACACGUUCGGCUACAUCGCCAAGGCCAUCGGGCCGCACGACGUGCUGGCCACACUGCUCAACAAUUUGAAGGUGCAGGAGAGGCAAAACAGAGUAUGCACGACAGUCGCCAUUGCUAUAGUGGCGGAGACGUGUUCUCCCUUCACUGUACUCCCCGCGCUUAUGAAUGAGUACAGAGUGCCGGAGUUGAAUGUACAGAAUGGUGUGCUCAAGUCCUUAUCUUUCUUGUUUGAGUACAUCGGAGAAAUGGGCAAGGACUAUAUUUAUGCUGUGUGUCCAUUGCUUGAGGAUGCUUUAAUGGACAGAGAUCUCGUACAUCGGCAAACUGCGUGCGCGGCGAUAAAGCACAUGGCGCUGGGCGUGUACGGGUUCGGGUGCGAGGAUGCGCUCGUGCACCUCCUCAACCACGUGUGGCCCAACAUCUUCGAGACCUCGCCGCAUCUAGUGCAGGCCUUCAUGGAUGCCGUGGAGGGCAUGCGCGUCGCACUCGGACCCAUCAAGAUACUGCAAUACGCUCUGCAGGGCUUGUUCCAUCCAGCAAGGAAAGUCCGCGAUGUGUAUUGGAAGAUUUACAACACUCUAUACAUUGGAGGUCAGGAUGCACUCGUGGCCGGAUAUCCGCGGAUACAAAAUGACCCUAACAAUCACUUUAUAAGAUAUGAAUUAGAUUAUUUGUUG